AUGGCCGUGUUCGCGGUGGUUUCACUCUCAGGGGCGGACAAAAAAUCGAAGCAGACGAUGAAGACGCCGGUGGAUAGAGACGGCGACACCAACCCCACAUGGAAUUCUCGUAUGAGGUUCACGGUGGAUGAGGCAGAGCUCCGGAAGAACCUUCUUGCUCUUGAUUUUAAGCUUGUUUGUGAGCGUGCGUUAGGCGAUAAAGAUAUUGGCGAAGUCCAUGUACCCAUCAACGACCUUCUUGAAUCUCCGGCGGCCACCGGUAACUAUGGAAAGCAGCAGCAAUUUGUGAGUUACCAAGUGAGGAAACCUAAUGGCCAACCUAAAGGUCAAAUAACUUUUUCAUAUAAGUUCGCUGGUGCAGUGACUGCUUCACCAGCACCUGUUCCUGGCGCCACUAAACUUGACGAGGAACCUGUUACAACAUAUCCUGCUGUAGGGCCCAGCUUUGCGGAUCCUCCUCCAUCCCCAGGAGGAGUAUAUCCUCCUUAUCCGGUUGCCCAGGCUACAGAGCAGUACCCACCACCUGGAGGAUAUCCUCCGCCGCCACCCGGGUACGGGUACCCACCUCCACCGUCUUAUGGCGGGUACCCACCUCCACCACCACCGUCUUAUGGUGGGUACCCACCACCACCACCACCACCGUCAGGAUAUGGAUAUCCACCCGAACCUGGGAUCGAGUGGAGUGGAGACAACCAGAGAUCUGGUGGACAUGUUGGUGUAUUGCACAACUGGGGAUGA